CAGCUCCAGGACCAUGAACAACAGUACCUGUGGCCCCGGCGAGCUCACCUGGCCCCAGCCAGUCACAAGCAUUUUCUAUACCUACACGGGCCUGGUGCUGGUGCUGGGCCUGCUGCUCAACAGCCUGGCGCUCUGGGUGCUGUGCUGCCGCAUGCAGCAGUGGACGGAGACCCGCGUCUACAUGGCCAACCUGGCCAUGGCCGACCUCUGCCUGCUCUGCACCCUGCCCUUCAUGCUGUACUCCCUGAAGAAUGGCACCACCGACACGCCGCUCUGCCAGCUCUCCCAGGGCAUCUACCUGGCCAACAGGUACAUGAGCAUCAGCCUGAUCAUGGCCAUUGCCGUGGACCGCUACAUGGCCGUGCGGCACCCAAUGCGUGUCCGCGGGCUCCGCUCCCCGCGGCAGGCCACGGCCAUGUGCUUGGCGCUCUGGGUGCUGGUGGUUGGCUCCCUGGUGCUUCGCUGGGUCCUGGGGGUGCAGGAAGGUGGCUUCUGCUUCACCAGCCCCUCCAGUCAAAGUUCCAACACCGUGAUCUUCUCGCUGCUGGGCUUCUACCUGCCUCUGGCCGUGCUGGUCUUCUGCUCUCUGCAAGUGGUGACCGCCCUGGGCCGGAGGCCCACUGUUGACUCAGGCCAGGUGGAGGUCACCCAGAAGGCUGCCCGCAUGGUCUGGGCAAACCUGGUUGUGUUUGUGGUCUGCUUCCUGCCCUUGCACGUGGUGCUGACGGUGCGCGUGGCCACCAGCCUGCCCACUUGUGUCAUCCGCCGUGCCCUCUACGUCACCAGUAGGCUCUCGGACGGCAACUGCUGCCUGGACGCCAUCUGCUACUACUACCUAGCCAAGGAGUUCCAGGAGGCGUCGGCGCGGGCCGGGCCGCCCCCUGCCAAGGCCCACAAGAGCCAGGAGUCCCUGUGUGUGGCCCUGGCCUAGGAAACAAGCCAUCAGCGCGGUAGCCCAGGCUCUCCGGGAGGUGCUGCUGCGGGGGGAACCUGUGACCAGCAGCAAGGAGCCCCAGGAUCAGCCCUGAACUUGCUGUGGGCUGUGGACACUCUCCAGGAGACCCGGGGGCACAGGGACGACCCAGGCACAGAGACCGGGAAGGCCACACUCCACCCCUGGGAUGAAAGAGGAACGGGG